GCGCCCCGCCGCCCCCUGGACCGCGUUCGCCCGGCCGCCCGCCGCCGCCCGCGCCCGCCAUGAACAGCAACAGCUACUUCGAGCAGCCCCCGCAGACCUACUACCAGCAGGGCGAGGAGCAGGAGGAGAUGCCGGCCACCGAGAAGGACCUGGCCGAGGACGCGCCCUGGAAGAAGAUCCAGCAGAACACCUUCACCCGCUGGUGCAACGAGCACCUGAAGUGCGUCCACAAGCGCAUCGGCGACCUGCAGAAGGACCUGAGCGACGGCCUGAAGCUGAUCGGCCUGCUGGAGGUGCUCAGCCAGAAGAAGAUGUACCGCAAGUACCACGCGCGGCCGAACUUCAGGCAGAUGAAGCUGGAGAACGUCUCGGUGGCGCUGGAGUUCCUGGACCGCGAGCACAUCAAGCUGGUCUCCAUCGACAGCAAAGCCAUUGUGGACGGCAACCUGAAGCUGAUCCUGGGCCUGAUAUGGACCCUCAUCCUCCAUUACUCCAUCUCCAUGCCCAUGUGGGAAGACGAGGAUGAAGAGGAUGCCAAGAAGCAGACGCCGAAGCAGCGCCUGCUCGGGUGGAUCCAGAACAAGGUGCCACAACUCCCCAUCACCAACUUCAACCGUGACUGGCAGGAUGGCAAGGCGCUGGGCGCUCUGGUGGACAACUGUGCCCCAGGCCUGUGCCCAGACUGGGAGACGUGGGACCCCAGGCAGCCAGUGGAGAAUGCCCGGGAAGCCAUGCAGCAGGCCGACGACUGGCUGGGCGUCCCCCAGGUGAUUGCUCCCGAAGAGAUCGUGGACCCCAACGUGGACGAGCAUUCGGUCAUGACCUACCUGUCCCAGUUCCCCAAAGCCAAGCUUAAACCCGGAGCCCCCCUGCGCUCCAAGCAGGUCAAUCCCAAGAAGGCCAAGGCGUACGGGCCCGGUAUCGAGCCCCACGGGAACACGGUGCUGAAGCCAGCCCACUUCACUGUGGAGACCGUCGAAGCUGGACUGGGAGAGGUGCUGGUGUACAUCGAAGACCCCGAGGGACACACAGAAGAGGCCAAGGUGGUUGCCAACAACGACAAGAAUCGGACCUAUUCCGUCUCCUACGUGCCCAAGGUGGCCGGCUUGCACAAGGUCACUGUCCUCUUUGCUGGGCAAAAUAUUGAUAAGAGCCCCUUUGAAGUCAACGUGGGCAUGGCUCUUGGCGACGCCAGCAAGGUGACGGCCCGUGGACCAGGCCUGGAGCCCGUGGGAAACGUGGCCAACAAGCCCACCUACUUUGACAUCUACACUGCAGGAGCGGGUGCAGGUGAUGUGGGGGUGGUGAUCGUGGACCCCCAGGGCCGCCGGGACACCGUGGAAGUGGUGCUGGAAGACAAAGGGGACAAUAUUUUCCGAUGCACUUACCGACCUGUCCUGGAGGGUCCCCAUACGAUCUACGUCACCUUCGCGGGAGCUCAGAUCCCCAAAAGCCCCUUCACCGUCAACGUUGCAGAAGCUUGCAGCCCCAACGCUUGCCGGGCAAUGGGCCGGGGUCUCCAGCCAAAGGGGAUGCGCGUGAAGGAGGUGGCAGACUUCAAGGUUUACACCAAGGGAGCCGGCACUGGGGAACUCAAGGUGGUCGUCAAGGGACCAAAAGGAACAGAAGAGCCGGUGAAAGUACGAGAUGUCGGUGAUGGGGGGUACGAAUGUGAAUAUUACCCCAAAGUGCCUGGGAAGUACGUGGUGUCGAUUACGUGGGGCGGCCACGCCAUUCCAAGGAGUCCCUUUGAGGUACAGGUGGCACCUGAGGCUGGGAUGCAGAAAGUGAGGGCCUGGGGGCCUGGACUGGAAACCGGCAUGGUGGGCAAGUCUGCCGACUUCGUCGUGGAGGCGAUUGGCACCGAAGUGGGCACGCUGGGCUUCUCCAUUGAGGGCCCCUCGCAGGCCAAGAUCGAGUGUGACGACAAAGGAGAUGGUUCGUGCGACGUGCGUUACUGGCCCACCGAACCUGGCGAGUAUGCCGUGCAUGUGAUUUGCGACGACGAGGACAUCAAGGACAGCCCGUUUAUUGCCCACAUCCUGCCGGCCACCAACGAGUACUUCCCAGAGAAGGUGAAAGCUUUUGGUCCUGGCCUGGAGCCUGUUGGCUGCAUUGUGAACAAACCGGCGGAAUUCACCAUCGAUGCCCGAGGAGCCGGGAAAGCAGAACUCAAGAUCUAUGCACAGGAUGCAGAAGGCGUCCCCAUUGACAUCAAAGUCAAGGACAAUGGCAACGGUACUUUCUCCUGUGUCUAUGUCCCCACCAAGGCCAUCAAGCACACCAUCAUCAUCAGCUGGGGAGGCGUCAACAUCCCCAAGAGUCCAUUCCGAGUGACUGUUGGAGAAGGCAGCCAUCCAGAUAAAGUCAAGGUGUAUGGUCCUGGAGUGGAGAAAACAGGGCUGAAGGCCAACGAACCCACAUACUUCACGGUGGACUGCAGUGAGGCUGGGCAAGGAGACGUGAGCAUUGGCAUCAAAUGUGCACCUGGCGUGGUGGGUCCUGUGGAGGCUGACAUUGAUUUUGACAUCAUCAAGAAUGACAAUGACACCUUCACUGUGAAAUACACCCCCCCAGGCCCCGGGCGUUACACCAUCAUGGUGCUGUUCGCCAGCCAGGAAAUCCCGAUAAGCCCCUUCCACAUCAAGGUGGAUCCUUCCCACGACGCCAGCAAAGUGAAGGCCGAAGGUCCUGGCCUCAAUCGGACAGGUGUGGAGGUCGGGAAGCCCACUCACUUCACUGUGUUCACCAAGGGAGCUGGCAAAGCCAAGCUGGAUGUCCACUUUGCUGGGGCCGCCAAGGGAGAGGUGGUGCGUGACUUUGAGAUCAUCGACAACCAUGACUACUCCUACACGGUCAAAUACACAGCUGUGCAGCAGGGUAACAUGGCAGUGACCGUGACCUACGGCGGUGAUCCUAUCCCCAAGAGCCCCUUCCCAGUGAAUGUGGCUCCUCCUCUCGACCUCGGCAAGGUCAAAGUGCAAGGACUCAACAACAAGGUCGAUGUGGGUCGUGACCAAGAAUUUACGGUCAACACGCGGGGAGCAGGCGGCCAGGGCCAGAUGGACGUGAAGAUCAGUUCGCCCUCCCGUCGGCCCAUUCCUUGCAAGGUGGAGACGGGGGCCACCAACGACAUCCACUCGGUGAAGUACAUGCCGCCUGAAGAGGGCCAGUAUAAGGUGGACAUCACGUAUGAUGGGAAUCCUGUGCCAGGAAGCCCCUUUGCUGUGGAGGCGGUCAUGCCCCCUGACCCGUCCAAGGUGUGUGCCUAUGGGCCUGGACUGAAGGGCGGCUUUGUUGGGAAACCUGCCCCUUUCACCAUCGACACCAAAGGGGCCGGGACAGGGGGACUGGGCUUGACCGUGGAGGGUCCCUGCGAAGCCAAGAUCGAGUGCCAGGACAAUGGGGACGGGUCCUGCUCCGUAUCCUACUUGCCCACGGAGCCCGGUGAAUACACCAUUAACAUCCUCUUUGCGGAGACUCACAUCCCGGGAUCGCCCUUCAAGGCCGACAUCAAGCCUGUCUUCGACCCUUCCAAGGUGACGGCCAGCGGGCCUGGUCUGGAGCGGGGCAAGGUGGGCGAGGUGGCCACAUUCACAGUGGACUGCUCCAAAGCGGGCGACGCCGAGCUGACCAUUGAGAUCAUCUCCGAUUCGGGGGUCAAAGCUGAGGUGCUCAUCCAGAACAACAGCGAUGGCACAUACAGUAUCACCUACAUUCCUUCCUUCCCGGGCACCUAUACCAUCACCAUUAAAUAUGGCGGGCAUCAUGUACCCAAAUUCCCAGCACGGGUCAACGUGGAUCCUGCCGUGGACACCAGCAACGUCAAGGUCUUUGGGCCCGGAGUGGAACCUCGAGGAGUGUUGCGUGAGGUCACCACGGAGUUCACAGUGGACGCUCGCUCUCUCACCAAAACUGGGGGCACCCACAUCAAGGUGCGGGUCAUUAACCCCUCAGGGGCCAAGACGGACACCUAUAUCACCGACAAUGGCGAUGGCACAUACCGAGUCCAGUACACUCCCUUUGAAGAUGGCAUGCAUCUGGUGGAGGUGACUUACGACGAUGUGCCGGUGCCCAAGAGCCCCUUCCGGGUGGGCGUCACCGAGGGCUGCGACCCCAGCCGUGUCCGUGCCUACGGCCCUGGCCUCGAGGGGGGGCUGGUGAACAAAUCAAACCGCUUCACUGUGGAAACCAGGGGCGCAGGGACCGGUGGUCUCGGCUUGGCCAUCGAAGGCCCCUCGGAGGCCAAAAUGUCGUGCAAGGACAACAAGGAUGGCAGCUGCAGUGUGGAAUACAUCCCCUUCACGCCAGGGGACUACGAUGUCAACAUCACCUUUGGUGGACGCCCCAUCCCAGGGAGCCCCUUCCGUGUUCCUGUCAAAGAUGUGGUCGAUCCCAGCAAAGUGAAGUGCUCGGGGCCCGGGCUGGGGGCCGGCGUGAGAGCGCGUGUUCCCCAGACCUUCACAGUCGACUGCAGCAAGGCUGGGCUGGCCCCCCUCGAGGUGAAGGUGUUGGGACCCUCAGGCGUGGCUGAACCAGUGGAGGUGCGUGACAACGGAGACGGCACUCAUGCAGUGAAAUACACACCGGCCACAGACGGGCCGUACACCAUCUCUGUCAAAUACGCUGGGCAAGAGGUGCCCCGCAGCCCCUUUAAGAUCCGGGUCCUUCCUGCCCACGAUGCCAGCAAAGUGCGAGCCAGCGGGCCUGGUCUCAACGCCUCGGGCAUCCCUGCCAGCCUGCCUGUUGAGUUCACCAUCGAUGCCCGUGAUGCUGGGGAGGGGCUGCUCACGGUACAGAUCUUGGACCCCGAGGGCAAGCCCAAGAAAGCCAACAUUCGGGACAACCGGGAUGGGACCUACACGGUCUCCUAUGUUCCGGACAUGACGGGCCGCUACACCAUCACCAUCAAAUACGGAGGCGAUGAAAUCCCCUACUCGCCUUUCCGCAUCCAUGCUCUGCCUGCUGGGGAUGCCAGCAAGUGCCUGGUGACAGUGUCCAUCGGAGGCCACGGACUGGGAGCAUGUCUUGGUCCCACCAUCCAGAUUGGGGAGGAGACGGUGAUCACGGUCGAUGCCAAGGCAGCUGGGAAGGGCAAAGUGACGUGCAAGGUUUCCACGCCCGAUGGGGCUGAGCUGGAUGUAGACGUGGUGGAGAACCAUGAUGGGACCUUUGACAUCUAUUACACAGCUCCUGAGCCUGGCAAAUAUGUCAUCACCAUCCGUUUCGGAGGCGAGCAUAUCCCCAACAGCCCCUUUCAUGUGGUGGCCUGUGACUCCAUUCCCCAGGCGGAGGAGCCUUGCGAAUCCGUCCAGCUUCGCCAGCCCUUCCCGGUGCACCACACAGGUGGCUUCGCUCCACACUGGGCCACGGAUGAGCCCGUCGCUCCCCCGGAGAGCGUGGAUGCCAUGCUGCGGCCCUUCAACUUGGUCAUCCCCUUCGCCGUGCAGAAGGGGGAGAUCACAGGGGAGGUAAGGAUGCCUUCAGGCAAGACGGCGCGUCCCCACAUCACAGACAAUAAGGACGGGACCGUGACAGUGAAGUACGCCCCCACAGAAAAGGGGCUGCACGAGAUGGACAUCAAGUACGAUGGCAACCACAUUCCAGGGAGCCCCCUCCAGUUCUACGUGGAUGCUAUCAAUGCCCGGCACGUCAGCGCCUAUGGGCCUGGGCUGAGUCACGGCAUGGUCAACAAGCCUGCGACCUUCACCAUCGUCACCAAGGACGCCGGCGAAGGAGGCCUAUCCCUGGCGGUGGAGGGCCCGUCCAAGGCUGAGAUCACCUGCAAGGACAAUAAAGACGGCACCUGCACGGUGUCCUACUUGCCCACGGCCCCCGGCGACUACAAUAUUAUUGUACGCUUUGAUGAUAAGCACAUUCCUGGUAGCCCCUUCACGGCAAAGAUCACAGGGGACGAUUCCAUGCGCACCUCUCAGCUGAACGUGGGCACUUCCACCGACGUGUCCCUGAAGAUCACCGAGAGUGACUUGAGCCUCCUGACUGCCAGCAUCCGGGCCCCGUCUGGCAACGAAGAGCCCUGUUUGCUCAAGCGCCUGCCAAACCGCCAUAUCGGGAUCUCCUUCACCCCCAAGGAGGUGGGCGAGCACGUGGUGAGCGUGAAGAAGAGUGGGAAGCAUGUCACCAACAGCCCCUUUAAGAUCAUGGUGGGACAGUCAGAGAUUGGCGACGCCAGCAAGGUCAAAGUCUCCGGCAAGGGGCUCAUGGAAGGGCGCACCUUCGAGAUGUCCGAAUUCAUCGUUGACACCCGCACUGCAGGCUACGGGGGUCUAGGCCUCUCCAUCGAAGGCCCCAGCAAAGUGGACAUCAAUUGUGAAGACAUGGAGGACGGCACGUGUAAAGUCACCUACACCCCCACUGAGCCGGGAAAUUACAUCAUCAACAUUAAGUUUGCUGAUAAGCACGUGCCAGGAAGCCCUUUCACUGUGAAAGUGACUGGGGAGGGACGGAUGAAGGAGAGCAUCACUCGCCGGCGCCAGGCUCCCUCCAUCGCCACCGUCGGCAGCACCUGUGACCUGAACCUCAAGAUCCCAGGGAAUUGGUUCCAGAUGGUCUCAGCCCAGGAGCGGCUGACCCGCACUUUCACACGCAGCAGCCACACGUACACGCGCACCGAGCGGACGGAGAUCAGCAAGACGCGCGGCGGGGAGACCAAGCGCGAGGUGCGGGUGGAAGAGUCCACGCAAGUGGGCGGGGACCCCUUCCACAACGUCUUUGGGGACUUCCUCGGCCGCGAGAGCCUCGGCUCCUUCGGCAGCAUCGCCCGGACCCAGGAGGGAGAGGCUGGCCUCCAAGCCAUGACCGCCCAAGUGACCAGUCCAUCAGGGAAGAUGGCCGAGGCAGAAAUCAUCGAGGGAGAAGACAGCGCCUACUCAGUCCGCUUUGUGCCCCAGGAGAUGGGUCCCCACACCGUGAACGUCAAGUACCGUGGCCAGCACGUGCCCGGCAGCCCCUUCCAGUUCACCGUGGGGCCACUGGGCGAAGGGGGGUCCCAUAAAGUGCGAGCAGGAGGGCCUGGCCUGGAGAGGGGUGUGGCCAGCGUGCCAGCUGAAUUCAGCAUCUGGACCCGGGAAGCCGGCGCUGGGGGCCUCUCUAUCGCCGUUGAGGGGCCAAGCAAGGCAGAAAUUGCAUUUGAAGACCGGAAAGAUGGUUCCUGUGGAGUGUCGUACAUUGUCCAAGAACCAGGCGACUACGAGGUCUCCAUCAAAUUCAACGAUGAACACAUCCCUGACAGCCCGUUUGUGGUUCCUGUGGCUUCACUCUCAGAUGAUGCCCGGCGCCUGACCGUCACCAGCCUCCAGGAGACCGGCCUGAAGGUGAACCAGCCCGCUUCUUUCGCGGUGCAACUCAAUGGGGCACGCGGCGUGAUCGAUGCCAAGGUUCACACACCCUCUGGGCUGGUGGAGGAAUGCUACGUCUCCGAACUGGACAGCGACAAAUAUGCCAUUCGCUUCAUCCCCCAUGAGAACGGGGUCCACUCCAUCGAUGUCCGGUUCAACGGGCGGCAUGUUCCCGGCAGCCCUUUCAACAUCCGCGUGGGCGAGCAGAGCCAAGCGGGCGACCCCGGGCUCGUCACAGCCUACGGCCCAGGAUUGGAGGGAGGAACCACAGGUGUCUCCUCUGAGUUCAUUGUGAAGACCCGAAAUGCAGGUUCCGGUGCCCUUUCGGUCACCAUCGACGGGCCCUCCAAGGUACAGAUGGACUGCCAGGAGUGCCCCGAGGGCCACAAGAUCACCUACAUGCCCAUGGCACCUGGAAGCUACCUCAUUUCCAUCAAGUACGGGGGCCCUCAGCACAUCGUUGGCAGCCCCUUCAAAGCCAAGGUCACAGGUCCCCGCCUGUCCGGUGGGCACAGCCUCCACGAGACAUCCACGGUGCUGGUGGAGACGGUCACCAAAUCCUCCUCCUCGGUGGGUGGCAGCUACAGCGCCCUGCCCAAGUUCUCCUCCGAUGCCAGCAAGGUGGUCGCCCGGGGGCCUGGGCUGACCAAGGCCUUUGUGGGGCAGAAGAAUACCUUCACAGUGGACUGCAGCAAAGCAGAAAAGCCCUUCAAACUGCAGAAAGCCCAGGAGCAAAGCCACUUGCUGGGUCUCUCGGGCAUUUCACACUACACCCUUGGCGUGUUCCAGACAUAG